AAUCCAUACUGCUUUUAAAUGCUGCUAAAUCUAUUUUGCUACUAUGUAUGUUUUAUGUUUGUUCCCUUGUUUGAUUGUAUUGUUUGACUGAAUUGUUUUUAUGUUUUCUGUGAGGACUGCGGUUGGAUACUAGCAUUUCUGCUAAAAUACGGUGUAUUUACACUGCUUAAUGUAGUGUUCAUGCAUUGUCCCGUCUAAAGAAUAAAUAAAUAAAUACAUAAAUAAAUAAAUAUAAAAAAUAUACAUGAACGCACCUGAACGCAUCACGUGUGGGCGGGGCUUGUGUUUGAACUCCAGCGGGAAACCGUGAUGACGUAGCGGGGUUGUUUGUGUUAGCCAUAGCUGCUUAGCUGUCCGGGCUGUCUUUAAACCCGUUAUUGAUCAGAUCUGGGAUGUUUCAUGUUUCUCUAAGGACCGUGUAACAGCGUAACCUGUCCGUGGGGCUGAGCAUUGUGAUAGUAAGAUGCCCAUUCGAGCAUACUGCACCAUCUGCUCGGAUUUCUUUGACCACUCCAGAGAUGUUGCAGCCAUCCACUGUGGACACACGUUUCACUAUGAGUGUCUUCUUCAGUGGUUUCAGACAGCACCAACGAAAACCUGUCCACAGUGCAGGAAACAGGUCAGCACCAGGCACAUCAUCAGCAAGCUGUUUUUUGACGUUAAUGCGGACGAGGAAGGUCCAGUGGACGCAGAAAGCCUGCAGAAUGAGCUUGAUCGAGUGAGAGCACUUCUGAGCACCAAAGAGAGAGACUGGCGAGACAAACAGAAAGUGAUUGACGGCUUAAAGGACACGGUGGACAAGCAGAGGAACGACCUGGACCGUGUGCGGAAAGAGACAUCGGAGAAGGAGAUGCUAUGUUCCGCCCUUAAAAAGCAGAUGACGUAUUUGGAGACGCAACAGAACGACGUUCAGGCUGCAAAGGAUGAGGUCCGGAGACUGAGGAUGAAAAUGAAAACUUUUGAAAGCCUGGAGGUGUUGCUGCAGGGCCGGAGAGCAGAGGUGGAGUCCAUGAUCACAGACAUGGGGGUGAGCCAGGCGGCCGUGGAGCAGCUUUCCAUCUACUGCAUCUCUCUGAAAAAAGAGUACGAUAACCUCAAGGGGACCCUGAAGUCUUCAAAUGAGCUGUGUGAGAAGCUGAAGAGGGAAGUUCUCUCCUCAAACGGCAAGCUGCAAAAAGCUACAGUGGAGACGAAUCAGAGCAAAGAGGACAUGAAGUCUCUGCAGAAAGACCUGGCCAACGCUGACAGAGAGAUCUCGAGCCUGAAGAAGAAAGUGGAGUUACUCCAGAAGACUUUGGUCACCCCGACCCGGACAAACGAAGCCCUCAGUCGGCUCAUCUUUGAAAGCCCGGCGCCGGCCAACCUGACGCAGCCUCGCCUCCACCAGCCCGCAGACAGCGAGGGCAUCGACCUGAACGUCACCUACGACGUCUCCACCCCGGUUAACGCGUGUAAGAGACGGGGGCCGGCCCCGUCCAAGAAGAUGUGUCUGGACCCGCCGGCCACAUCUGGGUCCAAACCUGCAGAGAAAUCUUCAUCUUUGAGCAAGGCUCGGGAUGAAGAUCCAGCCAUGGAUUCAUUCUUGAGGAACUCCCUGCUCUUUAGAAAAAAGACUUUUGGAACCAUGUUGGACCCUCAUAGGAAGCCUGGAACUGUCAGAACUGGUUAUGACGGGUUAGGAGGAAGAACUAAAUUCAUCCAACCUUCUCCUCUGUCGGAGAUCCGGCCGCUCAUCAAGGCCAAGAGGAAGAAGGUGGCGCGUCCUCCGUCCAAAGGAACGACCUGCCUGACUCUGGACGGCUUCCUGGGCCGGUCGGACCUGUGUGGAGAGUAGGAGUGGAGCUGCUCUGCUCUGAAGAACCGCCCGGCAGCAGCUGGGACCCUCCACACCAUACUGGACUUUCAGUUCACAUUUCUAUUUAAAAGCAGGAACUGACUUCAGUCUUCAUGACAAAUGCUGUUUUUUUUUGGAGGCAUCGCUAGACCUGUUGUAAAUGAAUUUUUGUGUUGACGAGCUUCACAUCUGCAGCUCUCCUGAGCAGCUGCAGCUGCACAUCUGCAUCUCUCCUGACCAGCUGCAGCUGCACAUCUGCAGCUACACAUCUGCAUGUCUCCUGAACAUCAGCAUCU